CCGCGACUGUUGGCAUACGUGCAGACCUUUAGACGCUAUCAGGAUACCAACCAAUUCUCUCUUCUGCCUAUGAUCUCGAACCCCACGCAAAUCACUCAUGUCUAUCUGUCAUCGCUACAUAUCAAUUCGGAUCCGAACGCUAUCACGCUCAACGACAAUAAUCCGAACAACUCGGUCUUCUCCACAGUUUGGCAGGAAGCUGCACAGCUUCAAUCGAAAGGCGUAAAGGUGCUCUACAUGAUGGGCGGCGCCGCAGCCGGCAGCUACCCAAGACUAUGUAGCGGACCUUCGAAUACCAUUACAUAUUACAAAGCUCUAUAUUAUGAGCUGAAAUACCACAAGUUGGAUGGCAUCGAUUUGGACAUUGAAGAGAAAGUGGCAUACACAUGUCCUCUCGCGCUUCUCCAACGGCUCGCGAAAGAUUUCGGUUCGAGCUUCAUCACUACCAUGUCACCAGUAGCUUCAGAACUACAACCCAGUGGAUACGGUCUGGGUGGCUUCUCCUACAAAACACUCGACUCCAAAGCAACCUCAUCCACAAAGCCCAACGGAAAACUAAUCAACUGGUUCAAUCCUCAAUUCUACAACGGCUGGGGCGACGCCAGUACCGUCAACGGCUACAACGCAAUUGUCAAAAAUGGCUACGCCGCCAACCGUGUUGCUUUCAACUUGCUCGCCGCGCAAAACGAUGGUGGCUCGGGAUGGAAACCCAUCGCAACAUAUCAAAAGGUCAUUGCCACACUGCAAGCCAACUACGGGAGCAAAUUCGGAGGCACAAAUGGCUGGGAGUAUUGGGACGCCGGCCGAAACGACAAUAUGUCCGAGCCCUGGAAAUGGGUUGGCACUCUU